UCCAUUCUUGUUCCAUGUUUUGUUUGUUUUUCACAAUGCUAUUACUACCACAACUUAAGGAUGGAAAAGAUAGAUGUAAAAACUAGAACAACCCAAGCUAAAAUUGUAGGAAGCAUAAUAUCAAUAGGAGGUGCAUUUAUAGUGACAUUCUACAAAGGCCCAUCCAUCAUUAUUGCUGAUGAUUCCCCUUCUCUCCAUCUUGUUCAACGAUUAAAUGGAAACUUUGAAUUAGUGGAUACAAAUUGGGUCAUUGGUGGCUUUCUUCUCACAGCUGGCAAUAUCCUACUCACACUAUGGUUCAUUUUACAGAGUGCUCAUAGGAAAGCAUUGGACAUGCUGAACACAGUGGGAUGCCAAAUUUUGUUUUGA